CGAUACUCAGUGACCAGGACUAUCUGGCAUACAGCCGGUCCUGGGGAAGAUGCUGAGAGACAAUCGGUCUUCGUGCUCAUUCAUGCUGCGUCUGCACAGCUAAACAAUCUCCCGUCAAUAUGGGUGGGAAAGUCGACGUACCGGCUGUUGUGCUUGGCAGCAUUCCGAGAUGCUGGCGCCGAUAUCGAGCGGCGUAUCAGUUAUGUUGCCAAUACCGCAGCUGCGGUCCAUGCUGAUGUACGCCACUGGACACCAGCCUAACGGACAGCUGCUGCGCUUUGUUCCUUGCGGUCGCCAUGCGUGACGCUCGCUGGCACGAUAAAAAGGUGAGUCGACAAGGCAGGGCCCUCACCCUGCCAUCUCCCUCGAGAAAAUCCAGGACCAUCCGCUCGAGCGUGAAACUCAAAAAGACACGCCAUGUACAAGCUCGCCCUUGCCGCUUUCUCGUUGAUUCCCGUUGUCUUGGGUCAGGCGUACGGUGCUCCCCCCGCCCCUGCCACGACGUCCUCGACGUCCUCGACAUCUGCUGCAGCAAGCGCUGCGACUGGGAACGCUGAUGCUUCCUCCGGCCAGGUUCUGGUGCAAGUCGCUGCGGACGGAUUCUCGUACACGCCAAACAAUGUCAAUGCUUCAAUCGGAACGAUCGUCACAUUCGUAUUCGGCAGCUCCAUAGGCCAUUCUGUCACCCAAACAAGCUUCGCCAACCCCUGCUCCCCACUAGAGGGAGGGUUCAGCUCUGGUAUAGUCAAUGCUGGUAACUCUUUCUCUGUCAACGUCACGACUACGGAUCCCAUCUCCUUCAUGUGCAUUGUCCCCACGCACUGUGGUCUCGGCAUGGUCGGCACCAUCAACGCCGCUGCUAGCGGCACUAACAGCACUUCCGCCCUUGUCGCCGCCGCCCAGGCUAUUGGUGGCGGUGAAUCAACGGUCUCAGCCACUGGUCUACAGACUGGUGGUGUAGGCAUUGCCGCCUCUGCUGGUCCUACUACAGGUACACCGAGCGUUUCCGGUGCUUCGGCAACGUCGGCAGGCUCCGGCACGUCUGCCAGCGCCAGCGCCAGCACCACCCCAGGCGCCGCCGUCCAGCAUGGCGCUAGCAGCACCCUUGGCCUUCUUAGUGUUGUCGCUGGUCUCUUCGCUUUCGCCCUCUAGAGUAAGGGGUAUACCUAGUUCCUUCGUAGUAUUUCCCGAUGGACUUCUUGCUACCGCAAGUGCCAGACACGAUUUUGUAUGUUUGUCACGCUAACGUCUAUCCUAAUUAUUUCAUCCCUGCGUCUUAUCGCGACGGAUAGCUUGUUCUUACCGCUAUACAAACACAUACCCAAUCUUCUACCAGUUUUGACAUAAGGACCCACGCCGAAGACGCAGGCAGAGGACGCAUUAUGUGCCCUCGU